UUAAAGGCUAAUGCCCCAGAUGCUGGGAAUGUGCUAUUCAGCAAGAAGACGAGAGGGGUCCUGUGCUCCGGAGGCCAGAAAACAGGACAUCUCAUGAACAAACCAGAUCAUCUGCAGACAGAUGUCUGCAGUGGUCGGAGCCACUACAGCCCAUCCUGGGGCAGUAGCCUAGAAGAACUGACAGGAACAAACCCAAGAGGGUUUUGUAGGGGCAUCUAUCAAUGGCCCGACCUCUUGGUGACUGAUUGGAUGGGGACGCACAAAAGGAAGGCCCUCCAGGAGACCAGCAAAUACGAGGACACAUCCAUACCGAGGGGACCACGCCGCCAUUCAGAAGCAGACGCAGACGGUGUCAUUAAACGGAUAAUCUCCAAGCGGAAAAAAGGAGGUGUAGACAGUGUGCACGUCCUCAGGCCACCAUCUGCCGCCCGCCUGCCACACGCCACCAUGCGCUGCCUCCUCAGCCUGGCCCUAGCCUUGCUUGUGCUGGAAGUGACCCUCGCUGUGGUCCCAGCCUUCAUCUCGCCAGAGCAGGCCGUGUGCCCUGAGGCCAGCUCCUCUGAGGAGGCGCCCUGCGUCAAAACCUGCCUCACCGACAACGACUGUCUUGGCAACAACAAGUGUUGCCCCAGCGCCUGUGGCCGCUCCUGCAAAACCCCCACCAUCGUAUUGACUCCAAAGGUUGGCAGCUGCCCCUGGGUACAGCCCCCAGUGAGCCCAGAGCUCUGCCAAGAGCAGAGUGAGUGCUCCAUGGACAGCCAGUGUUGGGGAAACAAGAAGUGCUGCUUCAGCCGCUGUGCCAGGAAGUGUCUGGACCCUAUCCUAGAGGACGUCCCUCAGUGAGAGACAAUUCCCCAAGAGCCCCUGCUGCCAGGAGUGACUGCCCCAAGUUUGCUAUGCAGAAACCAACUCUCAUGGAUCCAGAGAGUGCAUGAUGCCUUCUACCGGCUGCUAAUUAAAAAAUCUGCUCAGCUUCA